AUUAGGCGCUGCGGGAAGCGGCGGCGGCGACGCUGGGCCCGCCCCUCGGCAGCGCCGCCUCCUCCGGCCGCGCCGCGCACGCCGGGACCGGCCCUGCCCGGCCUUGCCCAGCGCCGCUGCCCGGGCACGGCCCGGCCCCGCCGGCACCAUGCAGGAUCCAAAUAAAGACACGGAGUGGAAUGACAUUCUGCGCAAGAAAGGUAUCCUUCCUCCAAAGGAAAACCUGGAGGAACAGGAACGGGCAAAGGAAGAGGAGCAGUUUGCCAUCCUUCAGAAAUCUCUGGUGAAAACUUAUGAGGACAUGACUCUGGAAGAGCUAGAAGAGAAUGAAGAUGAAUUUAAUGAGGAAGAUGAGAGAGCUAUUGAAAUGUACAGGCAGCAAAGGUUAGCAGAAAUGAAGGCAGCUCAAAUGAAGAAUAAAUUCGGGGAAGUUUUGGAGAUUUCAGGAAAAGAUUAUGUUCAAGAGGUUACAAAAGCUGGAAAAGGUAUAUGGGUAGUCUUACACCUCUACAAACAAGGAAUUCCACUCUGUGCCUUAAUAAAUCAACAUAUGAGUGGGCUUGCAAAGAAGUUCAGAGACGUGAAAUUCAUCAAAGCUAUCUCUACCACCUGCAUUCCCAACUACCCCGAUAAGAACCUGCCCACGAUAUUUGUGUACCUGGAGGGAGACAUCAAAGCUCAGUUCAUUGGGCCUUUGGUGUUUGGUGGCAUGAACCUGACCAGGGAUGAAUUGGAGUGGAAGAUUUCUGAAUCGGGUGCCAUCAAGACAGACCUCGAAGAGAACCCCAGGAAGCAGAUCCAGGACCAGCUCAUGUCCUCAAUCAGGGCGUGUGUCCCAGCCAGAGGGGAGAGUGACUCAGAGGAUGACUAAUUCCUGCGUCUGUAUCUGGACUGAUGCAGUGCACUUGCAGCCAGUGUUCCCACCUCAAGCACUGGGGACACUCCUUAAGGCCUUCCUGAGCCCCAGAAGGGUAGCCUUUCAAGACAUUCAUUCUAGAAACCUCUAGAAACAAAAAACAUUUCUGUUUUUUAAAAAUUGCAGCUUCACUCAAGAUGCUGAAAGACAUUUUGUAUAGUGAAGCCUGACUAAAUCUUACUCAAAGGUUUUAAAAUACAGAUGUGAGUAGAAACAGGUCUCUUGUUAUUAUUUUCAUAGUAAAUUGCUACUUCUUAAAA